CGCUUGCAAAUUUACUAAAGCUUGUUCAAGAGCAGCACGAUGUUCAGAAGUUGCUCCCUUUGCUCUUUGAAGUUGCUCAUAUGAUUCACGAUUAACUGCUCUCAAAAGUAAAAGUCUAGCAGAAAGCUGUUUUUUUAUUUCGUGAGCUCUUUGUUGGCCGUUUACUGGAUCUUCAUUCUUGUUACUGUGAAUCUGCAAACACAAACGCUUUGCAGAUUCCAACGUUUCUAAACACUCAGCUACUGCAUUUUCUGACAUUUCAGGAAGCUAAUAGGCGUCACAGAGUGCCAAAUUUGACGAAGUUUGAGAACUUUACUUUUCGUUGGUGGAAUUGAAGAAUUUGUCGACGCUCUCUACUCCUUCAGUUUUCUCCUAUAAUCUUUUCAACGGUGAAUCGCCCUUAGUGAGAAGGAAUAAAUAGUCUUUUUUUUUCUUUGUUUUGUAGUUAAUCGUAUCCAGUUUCUUAAAUCGAAUCGAUUUUUGAAAAAAGAAAAAAAAAAUAUCAAGAGUUAUCGAACGGGAAUUGGGAAAAGGGAAAAGAUUGGGGAAAAAGGUUUCAUUAGACAUGAGAAUCAAUCAAAAUACGAGCAUUGACUGUGGAAAUUUGGUUUUGGUUCCCUAUCUGGAGCGGCAUGUGUUGAAAUAUCACAACUGGAUGAAAAAUCCAAAAUUACAAGAAUUGACAUGUUCUGAGCCCUUGACAUUGGAAGAAGAAUUUCAAAUGCAAAAAUCUUGGUUGGAAGAUGAAGACAAACUCACAUUUAUUGUGAUUUACAGGCAAGGAGUAGAAAAUAAGAAGCCUCAAAUUCUUCAUGAAAUCCUAUUUCAUCGCAAUGAGGAUAUGAUUGGAGACGUAAACAUGUUUUUAACAGAAGGAUAUGAGGAAGUCGAGGACGAUCCAGCAGCGGCAGAGGACGAGAAUCAAAAUAGUAGUACUUAUACCCAGGGUGAAUUGGAGCUCAUGAUUGCGAAACCUGAAUAUCGAGGAAAAGGCUUGGGGACAACUAUUGCUGAAGCCUUUUUGUACUACAUGGAAGUGAGUGGACUUGUUGCAAGCAAGGGAAUUGCAAAAUACAUCAUCAAGGUUGGUAGCAAAAACGUGCCAAGCCUACGCCUAUUCAAGAAGAUAGGAUUUCAGCAAACAAAGUAUGUAGCUUGUUUUGAUCAAGUGGAGAUGGAAAAGCCCUUACAUUGAGCCUUUAAUUGCUCUUCCUGCAGAAAAUCUUGGAUGAACUUAGACAUCGACUAUACUUACUUACUAUAGAAAUCAACAGAAAUUAAUUGACACUGAUACCAA